UCGUAGAUCCUGGGAAUAUACGCUGACUCGCGACCUCGCUACUAAGUAGGUCGGUAGCCAUUGGGCCGGAUUGUCAGCCACAGUUCGGACCACUAGGAAGCCUCGGCGCUCGCAGUGACUUCCGUCUAAGAGAUGCUAUCGUCUAAUUGAAAAAUGUAUGUUGCUGUGACCUCACGUUGCUGGAACUCUGACUGCCUUUUCCCAAAGUGGGUAAGAUAGUCCGCGGAGGCCACAGGCGCAAACGUGAUCCAAAGUUGUACAUCUCCUUGACUCCAGUGAAUCCCGCCGGUAUGCCACAUGUCAAGACUGUAUGCUCGUAGGCGCAUGACCGGAGGCAAACCUUAAGCACAAUCUUUGCCGCUCAUAGUGCGAUAUAAAGGGUGGCUUCUGCACCUUCCAUCAAGCUGCCCCCACCGGCAGACUCAUGACGGUGCAGUCCUUGCAAAUGGACCCUCUAGUAUUACCUGUUUUAUUGAUCGUCUGCGUCUUCUGCAUCUCUCUAUUCAGACGCAACUCGCUGCGGGGGAAACUGCCACCUGGACCAACUGGCAUCCCGAUUGUUGGUAAUUUGUUCCAGUUGCCUGCGUUGCGGCCGCAUCCGAAGCUCCUGGAAUGGGCCGCCCAAUAUGGGGAGAUAUUCUAUCUCAAGCUCGGUGGGCAAGACGUGGUGGUCUUGAACACCGCGGAGGCCGCCGACGAGCUGUUGUCCCGCCGUAGUCACAACUACUCAAGCCGACCGACUCCGCAUGUUGCUCAGGAUAUUCUGCGCGGCGGGAUGGGACUUGCAUUCCUGAAGUAUGAUACUCCCUUCAAGGCGGUCAGGAAAGCACUACAAAGUGCGCUGGGUCCUGGUCCCUCGAAGCAACUCCGCCAGCACCAAGACAAUGAAUCUCGCGUGCUCCUCUACGAUAUGAUUCUCCACGGCGAUCAAAGUAUGUUACAAGAACCGCUGCGUGGAUCACACGGAAAGAUCUUGGAUCAUCACUGGUUUGCACCGGUGAGGCGAUAUGCAACGAGCGUUGCUCUGUAUGCAAUGUAUGGCAAGCGAGUGGCGCGUUUCGUCGAUAAUCCGGACCUUCAUAAGAUAUAUGACAUCGUCGAUAACUUCGCGCACAUGUCUCAGCCAGGGAGCUAUCUGGCAGAUGUAUUUCCUCUGAUGCGACGCCUUCCCGAUUUCUUGGCUCCUUGGAGGGUCAAAGCUCAAGAACUGCAUCUAUGGGAGAUGGGACUCUGGGGAGGCCUUGUCGAUGACUGUAAGGCAGCUCUACGCAACGGAGAGCACCGGAGUGGAUUUGUCGGUUCCUACCUGAACUCACGGACAACCGCUGGCCGCGAAUAUGCACCUGGGAAGGGGUUGACCGAAGACGGGUGGUUGCAAGACAGCCUCCUUGCGUACGGCGCCGGCUCCGCCCUCGAAGCGGGUUCCGAUACCACUGCCAUGAGCAUAGUAACAUUCGUGCUCUAUAUGCUUAGCUACCCGCAUGUGCUGCAGAAAGCGCGAGCAGAGAUCGACGCUGUGAUAGGAACGGAACGUAUGCCGGACUUCGACGACGAAGAACAACUGCCAUACUUCGUGGCCUGUAUAAAGGAAACUAUGAGACAUAGGCCAGCGACUCCGUUAGCCAUAGCGCAUGCGACCGUCGAAGAAGACUUCUACAAGGAUUACAUCAUACCAAAAGGAUGUACAGUGAUCGGGAACGUGUGGGCAAUUCACAGGGAUCCGGAACGGUUCUUCAACCCGACGGCAUUCAUCCCGGAAAGGUUUUACCAAGAAGGCAAGCCGACUCGUUGGGGCACUCGACCUGUUUCGGACGAACGCGACAUCUAUGCGUUCGGAUGGGGCCGUCGCUUCUGCCAAGGCAGCCACGUCGCAGAAGCAUCCAUCUUCAUUACCCUAUCUCGCAUACUUUGGGGAAUCGACUUCUAUGCGCCGCUCGAUCCGAAGACAAAGCGACCCAUUCUGCCUGACGUCGCAAACGAGGAGACGACGUGGAGCGAGGGCUUCGUCAGUGUGCCGCACACUUUCAAAGUCGGCUUUGCUCCGCGUUCUGCCAAACACGCCGAGUUGAUUCGCAAAUCGUUUGAUGGUGUGCAGUCGGAGUGGCAGCUGUUAGGUCUCGAAGGGGAUGACCGAUGAAGCUAUACGGCCGUAUUGAUUAUUGUCAGUUGUCUUAUAUCAAUUGAAUAUGCAGUACUUGAAUCAUCC